AUGGAGCGGAAAAUAGUCGAAAAGUUCAACAAGUUUGAUUUGUUAGAGAAGGAACAAAAGGGGAUUACUCUAUCAGAAGCGGAUGUGGAACUAGGGGUUCAAGAAUGCGCACUUAGCAUUAUUGGAAGGAUCGUGGGGGAGAAGAAAGUCAGUGUGGGAGGGUUAAAAACAACCAUGGGUGUAGCAUGGAGGACGAGCAGACCCUUCUCCAUCCGGGUAUUGGGACAGAAUGAAUACCAGUUUCUGUUUCAAUCUCGGGAGGAUAAGGAAAAGGUGCUGAAGCGUAAAACCUGGAACUUUGAUGGACAGUAUAUGAUUCUUAAGGAUUGGAAGAAGGGGGAGACAGAGUUUAAGGAGGAAGAGAUAAAGGUGGAAUUGUGGGUGCAAAUCCAUAAACUACCAUUGCACUGGAUAUCUAUGGAGACAGGUAUGAGGGUGGGGCAAUUUUUUGGGAAAGUGAAAGAUGUAGUAGUGCCGUUGGCCGGGAGUGUUAAUGGAAGAGUGAUUAAAAUAUUGGUAGAUAGGAAUGUGGUGAAAUCUGGACAAUUUGGGGAAUGGUUAAGGGGUUCAAAUGGGGAAUCUUGGGAGGGUAGAGAGAGAAGAACUGUAAGUCCUCACAGUCCUAAGGAUACAUCGGGGACUAAUAAAGGCAUUAGUGGGGAGGGGGAGGAUUUGAGUCCUACUAGAGUAGGAGGGGAUAAAGAGUCUAGGGGCCGUAAGCAUCCUACAGCAGGGGAAACCAUUGAAGCAGAUGAUGAUAUAAUCAUGUCUGCAGAGUUGGUUAAGGAACCUGCCAGUAGGGAGCAAGGAGGGUCUAUAAGUGGGGAGGAACAGAUUCAGGGAUAUGAGAUUAUCCCUAUGGUGUGUGAGGGUAAGGGUAAAGAGGUGCUAGAGCCAUGUAAUCUUGUUGAAGUGGCAGUUCAACAAGAGGUGUAUAAUAAGAAACAGGCUAGAAAUCAGAGAAGUUUUAUUAGAAUAACUAGGGGUAAGGAUAGGGUUGGGAUUCAGAGAAAGGCUGUAGGUGAGAGUAGUGGAAAUGUGGGUGAAGGAGAGGAGAAGGGUUAUAAAAGAAAAUAUGGUGAUGAAAAUGGGGAAUCUGAUAAUCAAAAUAUUGAAGAAAUCAAGAAACAGAAAGUAGGGAAAGAUAUGAGGGGGAAUAAGAGGUUUUAUUUUGAUGGUAGAUGGGUUAAAACUGAAGGGUAUCUUGAGUGUGUGAGAGAAGGGUGGGGUAGAGCUGCUUUUGGGCAUGGAAUGUAUAAAUUUCAGCAAAAACUAAGAAAUGUGAGAGGAGUUUUGAUAGGGUGGGCUAAUCAACAAAUCUCUAACUCAGCUAAGGAGAUUAAGGAGUGUAAUGAGAGGUUAGAGAUUAUGGGAAAACAAGGGGGCUUUAGAAAUUGGGAAGAGUGGUUUGAAUGCAAGAAAAAGGUUCAGGAAGCUUAUAAGAAAGAGGAGUUGUUCUGGAAACAGAAAGCCAGGGUUAGGUGGUUAAGGGAAGGGGAUAGAAAUACUAAAUAUUUCCAAGCAUGUGUGAGGCAAAGGAGGAGUGUAAAUAGCUUGGAAAAUUUGGAGAGGAUCAGUGGGGGUAGAUGUGAAACAGAAGGACAGAGUCAAGGAGUAGGGGUGCAAUCUGUAGUGCCCAGUGCUAUGGACAAUGUUUCAGAGACUGAGGAGUUGAGAGGUGUUGCAUGGACAGGAAAUAGUUUGAGCAGCAAAUGGAUGUGGCAACAGGGAAGAAAACAGAAAAUAUCUGUGGAAAGAGAAUUGCUGGAGGUGAGGGAAUGGCUACUACAAGGAUUACAAGAAGGAUGGGGAAUUGUGAAGGUAAUGGUCCAAAAUAAGCAGCUGGCAAAUAUUUGUGUUCUCUGGAAAGAGAAUGGCUGCUACCACUUGCAGCCCUGUGUCUAUCACAUCCUUUGA